AGUUCUGUGCCGCAUGGAAACUUUAUGCUCCGAACAAAUAUUUAUCAUGGCAGAAGACAAGGAAUUCAAUUUAUGUUACUGUAAUGAAGUGCGAUUAUGCCUUCAUGGCCUCGAGGAGCAUGUUUCAUGUGCUUUAUGAAUUCAAUUUUCAGAAUAACUGAUGCACCGCUGUUAGCCGACACCACGUGUUGCAGUAACUUACAAUGGUUUCAUUCAUUACGAAGUUUAGUCGAGUGGUUAAUGAACAUUCUCAUAAUUAUUUAAGUGACACUUCUUGUUAUCAAAAGAACACUUUUUAUUUCACAAUUUUGAUAUCGAUCUUGAAGCGGAAAAAUUAAUGCUGUCAUCGAAAUGGCUGCAAUUAACAACUUGAUGUUAUUCAUAUUUCUUCAUAUUACUUCAGUCAUCGCCGGUGAUGAAACUUUUAGUGAAAUUUCUAUACCUGACGAAGCCCAUUCAGCUCAUCUGCUCGUUAAUCCCCAAAUAGCUCCUAAUUAUUCAGAUGACUUCCCAAACAACGAUCUUGGAAUAGACUACCAAGCGAAAAGAAAUUCUCCUCAAGCUUCUGAAUUUUCCAAUAGUGUCCAUUUCGGUAACUUGGAGAACAAUUUGAAUCUUAGACCCGAUUCAUACUCUUCAAAAGCAAGCAAAACGGUUGAAGAUUUGCAUUUCAAUCAUGGCCAAUCGAGUGGAAAUGAUCACAUAGCAUCCGAGACCGAGUCUCGGUCACCCGAACCUAGUCAAUUUGCUCCGAAUCGACCGAUCGACAGCCUGAAACUAGACCCCGACUCCUCAACAACUCAGCCCAAGAACCCGAACCUCGAUUUGUCAUCGAGUUUGCGUCGUUCGCGCCGAUCAGGUGAUAGAUGGGCGACGAGUAUGUCGGAUACAGACGACCGUUUCGAGCGCGCCGCCAUAUCCAGUCACCCGUCCGACAACCAACUACACCGACAGCGCACCAAGAACAGAGACGCGCGACGCCGCAAAGUCCGCGUGACGGAGGUAGAGGACCUCGUGAAGGAAGCCAUCGCGGCCACGGUGAGCUCUGCUCUUCGUCAGGAGCUCGAGCCUCUCCACACCGCCCUCAGGAUCGUCAAGCUCGACACCUUCACCGAGGGCAUCGUCAGGCAGCUGAGCACACUAGAGCACAUACAGAGCAAGCUGCUCACGGAGUAUGGUGAGAUGAGGGAGGCCGUCUCCCAGGCGUCCAGAAACGCUCAGGAGCUCGCGGUUCAGAUCAUUGGCCUGGAGGCGAAGAUAGCCUCGCUGGCGGCCGACGCUGCGAGCAGCAAGAAAGAUGAGCCGCCCUCCAGCACCCGCAGCAGCAGCAGCAGCAGCGCUGAGAGCGGCGGAGGCCCGGCCAAAACUGAAGAGCUCAAAGCCGUCCUCAUGCAGGCCUCGGCAGCCUUCUCCGCCAGACUCACGGCAACAGAAAGACGUUUCAAAGACGAUCUUGGCACACUCGAGAGCCGCUUGUCAGAGACCGUGAAGCGCUCACAGUUGGCGCUCGACUCGCGGCUGUUGAGCAUCUCAUCGGACACAUCCAGACUCGUCAAUAAGACAAGUCGGGAUGUGGUUGACGCUGCGUCUGACAAUAAACAUGGCCUUUUCAGCGUAGACGAUACGUCUGGCCAGUCUACAAAGUUUCCUUUUGGUCCUGGGCGUCCUUUCGGACCUUCGUUUUCAUUGCCGAGGGCCUUCCCGAGUCCAAGUGUGUCUCCGCUGCAAGAAAGCAAAGCCACGCGAGACGACUUUCUGCUAGACCAAGCGGGAUCCCAAAGCGAGAGUACGGCCAGGACCGACCACCUGACGGACAGCCUCACCCUCCAGCCGUUCCCCUCUUGGGGUCGCGCUGAGAUGGUCAACCUCGCGGUCGUCACGAGACUCGCCGCUGAAAUUGCCACUAGGAUCUCUAAAGACGCGCUAAGAAAUGAACACAUUCACCAGCUGACGUCUUCAGGCGACUACGUCCUCCGCAUCGAGCUGGAGGACUGGGCCGAGGAGCGACGCUGGGCGACCUACGAACAUUUCUACCUCACCGGCGAGACUACNUAA